GAGUGUUUUGAAAUAUUUAGCCGAACAACGGUCGGAAAGAUAAUAUCCUAUCCAAUCCAUUCGCUCUGAGACAGAGACGCUCUCAGUCUCUCAUAUCUUUCUUCUCCUCAGUUCCACUUCUACUUCUACACCAUGAAACUGCUUCUCAGAGACUCCUUCUUUCAUCUUCCAUAUCCAAUUCCUCAAUCCCAAUCCCGCAACACCAAGUGUCUUCCAUGGAUGAGGCCCUUGCCACCGCCUCUUCAAUUCCUCAAUCGACGAAACUCAUACCACUUCAACCUCUCGUCCAAGGUUGUGUUCGGUGUGCGAUUUGACGGUCCGAUAAUGGAAAUCGGCAAGGAUUCGGGAAUGGAGGACGGGGAUUUUGUGGUGGAAACUUGCAUUACACGUACUCUACCUCCGGCAUUGACGCUUGAGAAGGGAUUAGAGAGUAUCAAAGAUGCUGUGCAGAAGUUGAAGUUGAAUCCUCCUUCUACCUCCAGUGGGUUCUUUCGGUUUCAGGUGGCUGUGCCUCCCAGUGCGAAAGCUUUAGAUUGGUUUUGCUGUCAGCCGGAGUCUUCCGAGGUUUUCCCUGUGUUUUUCAUGUCCAAGGAAACAAAAAAUCCUGAUUGUAAAUCACUUUACGUGAAUGAAACCCGUGGGGUUUUUGGAAUUGGGUCUGCUGUUCACUUUACACGGAGUUCUUCUUCUAUCUCAGGAGAGAAGACAACGACCAAAAGAUAUCUCUCAAAUGAUUCAACCCUUGUAAUGGCUUAUGGUUUUACGGAUGUUAAUUUUGACAAAGAGUUGUCUUUCAUGAAGCAUGAAGAAGAUUGUUAUUACUUUUUCAUUCCUCAGCUUGAGCUGAAUGAGUAUGAGGGCACUUCUAUUUUAGCAGUAACACUUGCAUGGUGUGACUCUUCUAUUUGCACGUUUGCGGAAGCCAUUGAAUCUUAUGAGUUAUCUCUACAUCAGGCCACUUGUCACAUUUGUCCAACAGAGAAACGUUGCUCCAAAAGCAUAAUAUCUACAUUUAGAAAGCUCAAUGUACUGGAGGAUAGAACUCUUUUGAUGGUUUACACGAACACUCUUUCGGCAGGAGGGAAUUAUGUUGUGAAAGACUUCAUGGAACUGGUACAGAAAGAGAUGUCAUCUUCCAGGCAAUUUUGCAUUAGGCUUUCGCCAACUGUAGUCGUUUCCAGUAACAUGUUGGAUAAUGACAGUGACAAAUGCUACUCAGUGCAAGAUUGUGCAAACAUCAAUGCUGUUUGGGCUUCAAUUAUAAUUGAAGAAUGUUUUCGAAAUGGUUUGACGUAUUUUUGUGUAGCUCCAGGAUCAAGAUCAUCCCCCCUUGCUGUGGCUGCUUCAACUCAUCCACUUAUCACGUGUAUUGCAUGUUUCGAUGAGCGCUCGCUUGCAUUUCAUGCUGUUGGAUAUGCAAGAGGAUCUUGCAGACCGGCAGUAGUUAUAACAUCAUCUGGCACUGCAGUUUCUAACCUUCUUCCUGCAGUUGUUGAGGCCAAUCAGGAUUUUGUACCUCUUCUGUUGCUCACAGCUGAUCGUCCUGCUGAGCUGCAGGAUGCUGGAGCAAACCAGUCAAUUAAUCAGAUCAACCAUUUUGGUUCUUUUGUGAGGUUCUUCUUCAGUCUUCCUGCACCCACUGAUCAUAUUCCUGCACGAAUGGUUCUUACCACAGUUGACUCUGCUGUUCAUUGGGCAACAUCUUCACCUUGUGGUCCUGUUCAUAUCAACUGUCCUUUCAGGGAACCACUAGAAAAUAGCCCUAGCAAAUGGAUGUUGAGCUGUUUAAAGGGAUUAGACUUCUGGAUGUCUAGUGCUGAGCCAUUUACCAAGUAUAUCCAAAUAAAACAUGCUCACGCAUCUAAUAAUACUCCUGCCGAAUUCUCAGAGGUUCUAAAUGUAAUUCAAAAGGUUAAUAAAGGACUUCUGCUUAUUGGAGCAAUCCAUACAGAAGACGAGAUAUGGGCAGUUCUUCUCUUGGCUAAACGGCUUUUGUGGCCUGUCGUAGCUGAUAUCUUGUCAGGAUUACGAUUGAGAAAGUUUUUGAUUUCUUUUCCGGAAAUUAAAAAUAAUAUAGUCUUUGUCGAUCAUCUGGACCAUGCCCUGCUUUCAGAUUUUGUCAGGGGUUGGAUACGCGUUGAUGUGAUUCUUCAGAUUGGGAGUAGGAUUACGAGCAAACGUGUUUUGAAGCUGCUAGAGGAAUGCACUCCUCUCUCUUAUAUCAUGGUUGACAAGCAUCCAUUCCGUUAUGAUCCUUCUCAUAUUGUAACGCAUAGGAUCCACAGCAACAUUGUUGAAUUUGCUGAUUAUUUACUUAAAUUGAAAUUUCCGAAUAAGAGCAAUGAAUGGAGCACUUGUCUACACACAUUAAAUAUGACGGUUGCAAGGGAGUUAUCAUUUCAAAUUCAUGCAGAAUCCUCCUUGACCGAGCCUCUAGUUUCACGCACAAUUUCAGAAGCACUUUCAACUGAGUCUGCUCUUUUCAUAGGAAACAGUAUGGCAAUACGUGAUGCAGACAUGUAUGGAUGUGGUUGGUCAAAUUGUAGUCGUGGUAUUGCAACAACGCCUUUAGACUUGGAAUUACCAUCUCACUUUAUAUUGGUGGCUGGGAAUAGGGGAGCUAGUGGUAUUGAUGGGUUGCUUAGCACAGCUGUUGGCUUUGCUGUAGGAUGUAAUAAAAGAGUGCUUUGUGUGGUUGGAGAUAUUUCAUUUCUUCAUGACACCAAUGGCUUGGCAAUUUUAAACCAAAGGACAUUGCGAAAACCUAUGACGAUACUAGUGAUUAAUAAUCACGGCGGUGCGAUAUUCAGUCUCCUUCCCAUUGCGGAUAGAGUUGAACCAAAAAUAUUGAGUAAAUAUUUCUACACCUCUCAUAAUGUUUCAAUCAGUGGACUGUGCAUGGCACAUGGUGUUAAGCAUUUAGAAGUACAGACAAAAGCAGAGCUUCAAGAUGCAUUAUUUACAUCUCAACGUGAAGAGAUGGAUUCUGUUAUUGAAGUUGGAGGCCAUAUUGAUAAUAAUGCUAUCUUCCACAGUACUUUAAGAAAAUUUGCACUCCUAGCAGCAAAUGAUGCUUUAAGUGUCCUUCAAAGGCUUUCUGUUAAAGACUCUGUAUCAGAUGAUUUGUUUCUUUGCAAAGUCCAUAGAAUGGAGUACUCAUUAUUUAGGAUACAGCUAUGUUCUCCACCUACUAAGAUUACUGCAAAUUAUGAGCACAACAACUUCUAUAGAGAAGGGUUCAUUUUGUCUUUGUAUCUUGAUGAUGGAAGUGUUGGGUAUGGUGAGGUUGCACCUCUAGAUUUCUGUAAGGAAAACCUGCAAGGUGUGGAGGAGCAACUGAGACUUAUUCUUCAUGUGAUGAAAGGAGCUAAAAUUAGUUGCUUCAUUCCUUUACUGAAGGGCUCAUUUUCAUCUUGGAUAUGGACUAGCCUGGGAAUCCUGCCAUCUUCACUCUUUCCAAGUGUCAGAUGUGGUUUGGAAAUGGCCAUUCUCAAUGCCAUAGCAGCAAGACAAGAUUCUAAUCUUUUGAGCAUAUUCCAUUCUUGGAAAGAUGAAAGGCAUAAACCUAAGGGAUUGUCCAAAGUUAAGAUUUGUGCCCUUGUUGAUUCUAAGGGAACUCCCACUGAGGUAGCUGCUAGUGUUGCCUCACUUGUUGAAGAAGGAUUUGUUGCAAUAAAGCUAAAGGUAGCCCGUCAAAGGAGUCCCAUGCAUGAUGCUGAAGUUAUACAAGAAGUAAGAAAGAAGGUUGGACAACAUAUUGAACUUCGUGUAGAUGCCAAUCGAAACUGGACCUUUCAAGAAGCUAUUCAAUUUGGUUCGUUGGUUCGGGAUUGUAAUCUGCAAUAUAUUGAGGAACCCGUUAAAGAUGAAACUGAUAUUAUCCGGUUCUGUGAAGAAAGUGGGCUACCUGUGGCAUUGGAUGAAACUAUUGACAGUAUUCAAGAAAAUCCACUCGAUAUGCUUGCAAAAUAUAAACAUCCAGGAAUAGUAGCUAUUGUUAUUAAACCAAGUGUUGUUGGAGGCUUUGAAAAUGCAGCAAUGAUUGCCCAAUGGGCCCAGCAGCAUGGGAAAAUGGCUGUUGUCAGUGCUACAUUUGAAAGUGGCCUGGGCUUGUCUGCAUAUAUUCAUUUCUCCUGUUAUCUUGAGCAGAAGAAUGUAGAGGUAUGUAAAAUAAUGAAUAAUAAGUCAGUGCCAUCUAUUGCCCAUGGUCUAGGAACAUACCAAUGGCUUAAAGAAGAUGUGGCAACCACUCCUCUUAAGAUCAGCCAGAAUGCAUUUACUGGCUUUGUAGAAGCAUCUGUUGUCGAUGCUGAUCAGCUUCUGAAGUCAUUUCAAGUCAACCACCAUGUUGUUCAAAGAAACUUUACUGGAGAGAGUGUUUGUAGAUACCAAUUGCCUGUGGAGUCUAACGGUUUCACUUGUCUCUUCAAAGUUCAGGAGAUUGGUCAAACAUCUAAGGAGAAUGUACUUGUGUUUCUUCAUGGAUUUCUUGGAACUGGAGAAGACUGGAUUUCUAUCAUGGAGGCCAUUUCAGGUUGUUCUAGGUGCAUUUCAAUUGACCUUCCUGGUCAUGGAGGAACAAAGAUACAAAACCAUAGCAACAACACCAUGAAGGAAUCAUGUAUGUCAGUUGAAGUAGUUGCAGACGUAAUUUGUAAUUUGAUUCAUCAAAUUACUCCUGGGAAAGUUACCAUUGUGGGAUAUUCGAUGGGUGCAAGAAUUGCUUUAUAUAUGGCUCUUAAGUUUACUGACAAGGUCAAAGGAGCUGUUGUAAUAUCUGGAAGCCCUGGCUUGAAAAAUGAAGUUGCCAGAAAAGUUCGUAAAGCCAAAGAUGACUCUAGAGCUAGUUUCCUAGUUGCAUAUGGUUUGCAUCUCUUUGUAGAAAACUGGUAUGCAGGACCUCUGUGGAGCAGCCUAAGAGGCCAUCCCAAAUUUAAGCAAAUAGUUGCCAGCCGCCUGCAUCAUGAAGAUGUGCAGUCUCUCGCGAAACUUCUGUCUGAUUCAAGUGUUGGGAGACAACUACCAUUGUGGGAGGACUUGAAGCAUACCGAAACUCCUCUUUUGUUCAUUGUUGGGGAGAAGGAUAGUAAAUUUAAAGCAAUUGCUCAUGAAAUGUGUUACACAAUUGAUAGCAGUAGGAAGACCAGUGAUGCCUCAUCUAGUGAUGUUUAUGAAUUAUUCGAGAUACCCGAUUCGGGGCAUGCACCGCAUCUAGAAAACCCUCUUCCUGUUGUUAGUGCAUUGAGACGAUUCAAUUUCAAACUAGAGGAUGGAAACACUACGAACUUGUCAAGCCAAUAAUAACUGGUAAUGUAAAGCAGUUUGUCAGAUUUUGAGAAGUUUGUGGCAUGCUUGAGGCCUACUCAAGCAGGAAAACCUAGCCAUGGUCGGACUCUCUUCCAUUUUCUUAUAUUUGUUUGGUAUAUAUUCUGGAUUGUUUAUUUUAAUUUAGAUAUUUUUCCACUCACACUGGCAUCAACUUUCCCUUCUGCCUUGUCCAUAUUGUAUCCUUCUGUCCUGCCUCCUCUGCUUUCGGGUUUCCAACAUAACCAUAACACAUUUCUUGAAUUUGGAAAUGCGUUGUGUUUCUUUUGGUACCAUAACAACAUGCCUAAUUACAAUGAUAGAGAGAAACUUGUCAGCAUUCUUGUGGUUAUCCCAUGAUGAAUGGCUUUAUGCAUU